AUGACACACCCUGAGAGUGGCAGGGUGCGUCUCUGCAUCCUCCACCACGCGCCCGAGCAGCAGGAGGAGCCGAAGGAGGACAAAGGGCGUCACUACACGCUGAGCGUGGCCCUGCCGGGCUCGAUCUUGAACAACGCCCAGUCGCUGGAGCUGCGGACGUACCUCGCUGGACAGAUUGCUCGGGCCUGUGCCAUCUUCUGUGUGGAUGAGAUCGUAGUGUUUGACGAGCAUGGAGAAGAUGUAAAGAGUGUGGAGGGGGACUUUGAAGGAAUUGGGAGGAAAGGCAAGGCUUGCGUGCAGCUGGCUCGGAUCCUGCAGUACUUGGAGUGCCCUCAGUACUUGAGGAAAUCCUUUUUUCCAAAACAUGAGGAUCUGCAGUUUGCAGGGCUGCUCAAUCCCCUGGACAGCCCUCACCACAUGCGGGUGGAUGAGGACUCAGAGUACCGAGAAGGCGUGGUGUUGGACCGGCCAACUAAGCCAGGCAGAGGCUCUUUUGUUAACUGUGGGAUGAGGAAGGAGGUGCAGAUCGACAGACAGCUGAACCCCGGUCUGCGAGUCACCGUGCGCCUGGAGGAACCCCAGAAGCCAGAAGCUAAAGUGCGGAAAGGCACGGUGGUGUCCUCACACCACCCGCGGACAGUCUCGGGCUUGUACUGGGGUUACAGCGUCCGCCUUGCCUCCUGCCUGAGUGCUGUCUUUUCAGAGUGCCCGUUCAAGGAAGGCUAUGAUCUCUCCAUUGGGACGUCAGAGCAGGGCAGCUCCGUGGACCAGGCCACUCUCCCUUCCUUCAGGCAUGCCCUUGUCGUCUUUGGAGGGCUUGAGGGCUUGGAAGCUGGUGUUGACGUGGACCCAAACCUGGAGAUCACCGACCCAAGCGACUUGUUUGACUUCUACCUGAACACUUGUCCCAGCCAAGGCAGCCGAACCAUCCGGACAGAGGAAGCGCUGCUGAUCUCUCUGUCUGCGCUGAGACCCCACAUUGAUGAAGCUGUGAAGACACCCAGCGACAACCAAGGAAAGGAAGAACACUGACCUUGCCCUCAGCUGAGGACUGCCUCGGGGAAGCGGCUGUU